CCCCCGGCGGCUGGCUGGCCGGCUCGGACCAACCCCUUCUACUGGAAUUGUUUGUGAUAUCCCCGGGGGAGAGGGUUGCCCCGCGGCGCCCGUGAAAAUCCUUCCAAUGCACUGAGUCGUAACCUGGCAGUCUAAGGGAAGAGGGCUUUCGGCAGCGACCGCAGCUCCUGCGGCACAGCAGACAGGAAGACCGCUCUCUGCCUUCCCAGUCAUACUGAAGGGCGCUCUUGUGCAUCUAUGAUGACCCUCUGUUCGUCAAUUGGGAGGUUGCCGGCAGUUUCGGCAGGGGCUUGCGUCAAGUACGUCGGGCUGGGCAAAAAGCAGAUUGGCUUUGAGGGAUGCACUGCGCCACUGUCUCGCUGCUCUGCUUUGAAACCCCACGACCAUGCCUCCUCAGCUCCUCAGCACAAGCCCGACAAGCCUGCCCCGUCCAUCCGGCAACGACGACUGAAGCUUCCCGGGUCAGCAAUCACUGGGGAUCCCAGCAAUCGAUCCUCUGUCAUGAUCGAGUAUCAGCACGAUGGAGGGCCGCUGACCAGAGACGAGCUCCACGAGGAUUUUCAGCGCGUCUACCCGGAAACAACACUUUGGUCCGACGAGGAGUGGGAAUGGAUUCUCGAGGAUGUGCCGCAAGAGAAGCAAGCCGAGGCUCGGCAGGCAGUGGAGGCAAUGAGGAGGAGAAGUACAGGGAUGGCUCGGGAGAGCGGCGACGGGAACGGAAGCGAGAGCGUCUCCUCAUAAUCGCCGACGCAAAUAUGCUCCUCAGUUAUGCAAUCUGGUGCUCAUGGAAGCAGAUUAUGGAGAUGCAUCCUCGUGAGGCGGAAAUCGUAACUGUAACUCCUGCCCUUGCUGAGGCGGUGCGUAAUGCUCAUGCCUUAGCAAACGCAGAAGCUGCAGCGGCCAUUUACGAUGAAUUCUGGGGGAGAGACAAGGAGGGCCAGCCAAUUCCAAUCAAGACGCACCCAUCGUGCAAGAAUCUGGAGUGGCUUGCGGAAUUGCUUCUUGGGGGGGCAGCUAUCUCUGACCAAAGGGUAGUUGCUGCACUUUUUGGUCUCAAAGUUUCUAGGAUGCGACCAAAAUGGUUCGUUACCCAGGAUAGGAGGCUCGCCCGAGCCCUGAAGAAGCACGAGAAUCUCCUGAAGACUUGACGAAGAGGCCACCGUCUCUCCGGAACUCUAUGUUAUGGCGCUGAUGGAGACAACUAACAGGGUGGACGCCAUGAAAGCGCUGCUCCUAAUUAGCUGUAUUCAGACGACAUACAAAGAGUUGCUGGCGCAACUCGGUCUGGUCUCUUGUUCUAGUGCAAAGACAAGGUCGUCUCUAUGAAUAUCUC